AGUGAAGAAGAAACGGGGUCAGACAAGGGCUCUGCGGUGCGCAUGCGCAUCUCACCAGCCGUACAUUUAUUAGCACUUUUAUUGUUGUGAUGUUUUCUUGAUAGUGUUACUGUUAAAACGCAAAACCAAAAAAUUAGGGUGAAAAACAUCAACCUAAAUAUGUUUAGGUGACGAGGGAGUUACUAUUUAUAACAAGGUACUAUAAUCAAUCACAGAGUCGUAUUAACGAUCAAUUCUUUAGUAAUUGCUGAGAAAAUUAAACGGACGAAACUGAAUCAUUCAUCCGCCUUUAGGUAAACCGGUUGCGAUACAACGCUAAGAGAUUUAACUAGGUAUCAAUCAAUCGAUGAUUUGGCACUCAAUCCACACUACCUGGAUCCUCUCAGGCAGGGGGUUGGCGUCACAAGCGAAACGAGAAGCUGACAGUGGAGAAAAACAGAUGCGUCUUUCAUUAGUGUUUGAUUCAUCCACUCUGUGUCAGGUUUAAGACAAGAUUUCCAGCCAUGGAGUUGUCUGAAAUACUGUACAAUAAAGCGGAGUACAUUGAGACGGUAAUACACUAAUUUAUAUGCUGUUUUAGCUUGCUGGUUGAUUGCUAUUUAGCUAACUGAUGCUAACGGGGCGUUGGACAAUUGAAACGACCAUUUACCAGAAAUAAGAAAUAACGUUCGCGAAACAAAAAUUCAAACUGUUAUCAACCAAAUCUACUUCUUUUCAGGCCUCUGGCAACAAAGUGAGCAGACAGUCGGUGCUGUGUGGGAGUCAAAACAUCGUCCUAAAUGGCAAAGUAAGGACGGCAGGUCGGUUUCUGUGGUCUUGGUGAGACUGUGGUAAGGCUUACAUUUGGAUCUGUGUUGUGCUUCUUUCUUCCAGGCUAUUGUGAUGAAUGACUGCAUCAUCAGAGGGGACCUGGCGAAUGUCAGGGUGGGCAGACACUGUGUGGUGAAGAGCCGGAGUGUCAUCAGACCACCUUUCAAGAAGUUCAGUAAAGGGUAAAACAGCCUUUUCCUUUGACAUCUACCAGAACUGGGUCAGACCUUCACACCUUGGGCCUGUUGCACAAAACUAGGAUAAGGGAUUAAGUCGUGAUAUCUUGGUUAUCCUGGCUCAAUUUAUCCGUGACCCAGUUGCACAAAAGCAGGAUAGAGGAAAGUAGGAUAUGUUAUGGUAGAAGUUACCAUGGAGACUGAUCAUGUGGAGCUAACCUGCUACAGACCUGGCUAAAUUCCAGGAUUUAUUUCAUCUCAUCUAUUAUCUCAGUCAGUAUGCACCACAAAUGGAAACCGAUAGUUAUUCCACCACUGCCCACUACACAAAUUUUUCACGCUCAAAUAUGUACACUGUCAUAGUCUAAAACGUGUGAUAUUCAAUUUUAAUUAUUUUAGAUGAAUGAUUAUUUUAGAUGAUUUUGCAAUAAUAAGAUAAUUCAUGGUUUCCUAUAGACUACACAUGCCAUAAAAAUAUAAAUACACAUCCACAAAAGUAAGAUGAAGUUCCUUUAUUGAAUAAGGAAAUCAAAGCAAGUAAACAAUCAGCUCCUUUAAAAGUGAAGUCACACAGUGACUCUAUAAGAUAGGAAGCGUGGAAUCAAAGCAUAUCAUACAACAUGAGAAUAAAUACACAUUCUAGCAAGCAGUAUAUACACAGUAUACAACACAAACAUUGUAAGAGCCUAUAUCAAUUUAAAUUAAAUUAAAGAAAACAACAACCAAACUUCCCCUGCCAAUGCAUGUCAUAGUUAACUGAAAUUCACAGCAUGUGUCUUUGCCACUGCAGCACUUAUUUAACUCAAUUUUAAAACAUGCAUGUUAUCUUAAAUAACUGAACAUAUUGGUCUCUGACCAGCCGACCACUGUCGUCAUCAGGGAAGAUGGCAGGAUUGACCCAGUCCAUGUGUGGUGGCACUCUGGGGGCCCUCUCCUUCCUCAGGCAGGCCACAUUGUGGAGGAGAGCACAGGCCACAGUUAUGUCACAGGCUGUGAUUGGUGUCAGGAGAAAUGGCUGGCAGACAUACCCCAUGUCCCCCAGUAACACAUCUGAGGAUUCAUCUGUCAAUACAAAAUGUCAACAUCACAACCUCGUAAUACAGUGACAUUGUUGACACUGCCAUGAUAUACAAGGUGGUUAUUGAUAGAAGUUGUGUGGCUCACCUUGUGGUAGGCUCUGAUAGAUUUCAGAGGCCCGGAAGACUCAGGAGUUAUGGCCGGGCCACUUUGCCACAACAAUGCUGAUGAGAAAGUCAGCAUUGCAGAUCAUCUGAAAUCAUAAGAUGAAGACUAUUUAAAACUGAUCAAUGCACAUCACAAGCAAUGCAUGGUAUUCAGUAACUGACAAUUUGAAAAAGUCAUGUUCACCUGAACAUUAAUGCUCUGAAAGGAUUUCCUGUUCACAAAAUCUGCCUCAUGGGCACCUGAGGGGGAUUUUAUCUUGAUGUGUGUGCAGUCAGAUGCAUCAAUGACAUUGGGGAAAUGUCACUGGAUCACAGUCAUGCUCAUGCCAGUUUGUUUACAUUAUGUCAUUGAUAUUUUUAUGGGAGGAGUUGCAAAAGAGAGGAAGUGAAAUCAUUUUGGCCUUCAGCAAAUGUGGUGUGUAUUAUACAACACUGCAUAUUUUAAUGCUGCAAGGGCUAUAUGUUAAAAAAUGUUAUGAUGGAAUGUGGCUGUUAUUUUGAUUAUACAAAAUAUUAUUGGUCAAAUAAAACAGAUUAAAAGUAAAUUUAGUAGAGAAUAAAAUGUUAAUUUCUGCCAGACAACAUGCCAGAUGGAUUAUCAAUGGAAAAAUAAUCAUGAGAAUAAAAAUGCAAGCAUCCCCAAAAAAGGACUAGCAAGACCUGUAAGGGCUUUAAUGAUGAAAGUAUCUCAGUUUGGAGCUUUACAGGUCAGAAAUGACAGGUGUUAAUGUCAGGGCACUCCAGCAAACCAUAAAUAUGAGCUAAGAACUGUUCAGUGAAUGAAAGAUAAUACAUUGACAGAACAUUUUUACCCCGUAAAUUUUAAUUAUUACUCAUUACGAACAAUCCCAAGAAGGGAAGCGUGGAAGAAAAAGUUGGAAAAUUCAAUAAAAAUUUUAAACAAUAUAACAUUUAUUACUUUUGAGAUCUGUUGAUUUUUAUAGAUUAUAUGGGAUUUUUUUUUAAAAGUCAUGCAUUUAUAAUUUCACAUAUAUCAUUGUCACAUCAAGUAGCAGCUUCAAAUUAUUAAUAUUUCCUUCUGCUCAACCCUAACCCUAUUUCAGUCAAGGUCUGUUUUUCAAGCUCUGACAAGGAUUUUUGUGCAUUUAACAUGGGAAAGUGGUGUGUGAGGGGUAGGUGUCAGCUCAGUAGCUGAAGACACAGCCUUGUUUUUUUUUAUUUUCCAGGAAUGGCACAUUUGACUGUGAAAAGUCAGCAGGAUGAGACACUACUUCAGCAUGUAGAGGUCAAGCUGAGCUUUGUCUAGCAGACAAAGCCAUCUUUGCUUAUCCUUGGGAACUAAAACUAACCCCGACUGAAAGUUCCUCACAGGAGCUUUAGGAUCAAUUUAAGCAUUUUCUUUUUACAAACUGUAAUCUCCUGCAGCUACAUGGCUGCUGCAUUUGUGUUGUUACCAUGCUAUAAACCACAGUGAAUGCGAAAUAAUUGCGCUAUCAAUAAGCCUGCAAUAUGAUGGCAUAAAAGAGUGCUACAUUAGCUUUUUAAUUCUAGAGAGACAGUUCCAGCAGUGAUAGUUAUGAUUAUGGAUUAUAAUCCUUUGAGGUUAUACAUCUGCAUGGUUGGCUGAUCACAGGGUCUCUAACUUCUCGUCUCCUCUCCCUCUUCCUCCUCCAGAGUUGCAUUUUUUCCUCUACAUAUUGGGGACCACGUCUUCAUCGAGGAAGACUGUGUCGUCAACGCAGCCCAGAUUGGUUCCUAUGUCCACAUUGGCAAGAACUGUGUCAUAGUGAGUGGGAUGAAAAGACGCACAAAACAUACAACACUUAUCUAAUCCCAAGAAGAAAGGCAUGCUGGGAAAAUAUAGCUCAGCUUCAGUUUUAGAGGACAUCACCAGAGCUAGUGUCUUCUCUUGCCCGAGGAGAAUCAGUCACAUGGUGGUCAUGAGUGAGCAGUAAGCUAUUUGCAUGCGGCCUCUUGCACUGACUCAUACUUAGAAUAUGUUAUUACAGUUUGGUAGACUUGCUCAGCAGAACCAGAUUACAAUUCAUUAUCACAACAAUGGUGGAUUUAACAGUUGAAUAUUUGAAACAGAUAUACUGGCAAAGAUUGAUUAGUGAUAAAUUGUCCUCUGCUGACUUAAGUGUGUAGUUUUUGUUAAAUGCAUGAGUGUUGUCUGCGUUACGGCCUCCUUAACUUAAUAACUUAACCCAAAAACCCAUAAAAAGAGACCAUAACGUUUAAUCAAAGAGGACACCACAAACGAAUGAAAGGUUAAUCCCACAGGCUUGAUUUCCAAAAUGAAACCACUAAGCACAGACAAACAAAAAAACAACAAAACAACAAAAUGAACUCAAAGGGAAAGGUGCUUGCCCAGCCGUGCAAUGGAUUGUCACAUCAGUACCUCCCACAAACUCAAUUGCCACUGCCCACUGGGACCUGCGUUAAACAAAAGAGUGAAAAAUGGACAACCGGUGGUCUCCAGCCCAGACUAAAAUAACAAACUAAAACAACAAGAACGAACAAUGAUACAUGCCGGUUCAAGAAGAACCCGUGGGGAGGAAAAACUGAAAAAGUUCAGUGGCAUUAGGACUCCUUACAAACUGCUGCUUGUGUGUGUGUGUGUCUUUGUGUGUGCUUUCCGUCUGCUACCUGCACAGGAGACCAGAGAGAGAGAGAGAGAGAGAGAGAGAGAGAGAGAGAGAGAGAGAGAGAGAGAGAGAGAGAGAGAGAGAGAGAGAGAGAGAGAGAGAGAGAGAGAGAGAGAGAGAGAGAGAGAGAGAGAGAGAGAGAGAGAGAGAGAGAGAGAGAGAGAGAGAGAGAGAGAGAGAGAGAAGAGAAAGAGAAAAGGAGCAAUCCUGGCCACACAUGACAGUCACCGUACAAAAAAAAUGGAUUGUUUUUUGUUUUUUUUAUUGAUUGAUUGUUCCGAAAAUAACACUGAAAUAAACAUACGGCUAUAUGUGUUUAUGUAUACGUGUUCUAGCAGUGCAAAUACUGAAAUCUACUGAAAUACUGAAAGCAAAAUCAUGAAAUAGACUAUAACUCAUAUCAGUGCCUUUUUAAGAUAUAUAAAAGCAAACAAGAACAUCCGAUUCUCUCAGCAAGAUGAAUGGCUUUUAUUUUGCAAUUGUUUAAUGCCUUGUGCAAAGUGUUAUUAAAAAAUACAAGACAUUCUGCACUGUGGAAAAUCUCAGAGGACGUGGUCGGAAGCCUAAAGUGACACCUGUGCUGGCCAGGAGGAAAGUGAGAGAGGUGAAAAAGAAUCCAAGGAUCACCGCCAAGGCCAUCCUGGUGAAUCUGGGCUCUGCUGGUGGCAACAUCUCAAGGCAGACAGUCCAACGGACACUGCUCACUGCAGGGUUUCACUGACGCAGACCAAGGAGGACGCCACUUCUCCAGAUAAGGCACACAAAAGCCCACUUGGCCUUUGCAAAAGCUCAUCUAGACAAAGAAGAAGACUUCUGGCCUCCAGUUUUGUGGUCAGAUGAAACAAAAAUUGUGUGUCAACAAAAAAUUGACUGGCCACAAUGAUAUAGCCUUCAUUUGGCGUAAAAAAGGAGAAGCCUUCAACUCUAAGAACACAAUCCCCACUGUCAAACAUGGUGGUGGGAACCUAAUGCUUUGGGGGUGUUUUUCAGUCAAUGGACCAGGGAACCUAAUCACAGUAAAUGGCACCAUGAAAAAAGAACAAUACAUCAAGAUUCUCAACAACAACAUCAAGAAGUCUGCAGAGAAACUUGGCCUUGGGCACCAGUGGACAUUUCAGCACGACAGCAACCCCAAACACACAGCAAAAGUAGUAAAGAAAUGGUUAGCAGACAAAAACAUUUUGCAGUGGCCCAGCCAGAGUCCUGACUUGAAUCCAAUAGAGAAUCUGUGGAGGGAGCUUAAGAUCAGGGUGAUGGCAAGGAGGCCCUCCAACCUGAAAGUGAUGGAGCUCAUCGCUAAAGAUUAAUAGGCGAAAAUACCAGUGGAGACAUGCAAAAAGCUGGUCAGUAAUUAUAGGAAGCCCUUGAUUGCUGUAAUAGCCAAUAAAGGCUUUUCUUUUGAUUAUUGAGAAGGGUAUGAAUAAUUUUGGACGUGCCAUUUUUCGUUCAAAUGUAACUAAAAGCUUUGAAAUAUUUCUUUCCACAAUGAUGCCUCUUGUACAUCGUCUUAUUAUUUUCUGGUAGAUGCCUGUGUCAUUUCCAGUUAAUAAAAAAAGUUGCUGGUUGAAAAAAAGUAACUUUAAGUCAAAAUUUGCCAGGGGUAUGAACAAUUUUGGGCUAUGACUGUGUGUAUAUGGAUCUAUAUGGAUGUAUAUAAAACCCUGGAGCGACUGAUUCUACGCCUUCUGAGGUCUGAGGUCAAAGACAAACUGGAUUCCCUCACGAUCAUGUUCUUCGACUUUUCAGUGCAUUCAACACCAUCCAACCCACCAUACUUAAAGACAAGUUCACAGAGAUGGGAGUGGAUCCUUCCUGUGUUUCCUGGAUCACAGAUUACCUGACAGGAAGGCCACAGUUUGUCAGGCUGGGGAACUGUGUUUCUGGGACAAUAAUGAGCAGUACAGGGGCUCCACAUGGGACAGUUCUGGUGCCAUUCCAGUUCACACUGUACACGUCAGACUUCAAAUACAGCACUGAGUCCUGCCACAUCCAGAUAUACUCAGAUGACAUCGCUAUUGUGGCAUUUAUCAGAAAUGGACAAGAAGCUGAAUACAGAGAUCUAAUAGGAGCCUUCAGUGACUGGAGUCACAAAAACGGCCUCCUCCCCAACACCUCAAAGACAAAGGAGAUGGUCAUAGACUUCCGUAGAUCCAAACCACCUCUUCAGCCAGUGAACACCUGUGGAGUGGACAUCGAAGUGGUGAUAUCAUAUAAAUACCUAGGUGUACAUCUGAAUAAUAAGUUGGACUGGUCUAAGAAUAUAGACUUCAUCUACAGAAAGGGGCAGAGCCGCCUCUUUUGCCUGAGAAGAGUCUGAUCAAUAGGCAUGUGUAGUAAGAUACUGCAGAUGUUUUAUCAGUCUGUGGUGGCAAGUGUGCUGUUCUACGCUGCAGUCUGCUGGGGAGGCAGCAUCAGACACAAAGAUGCAAGACGUCUUUACAAACUGGUGAAAAAGGCUAGCUUUGUGGUAGGACUCAAGCUGGACUCAGUGGAGGAUGUGGUGGAGAGAUCUACACUGAGGAAGGUGGAGACUAUUCUGAAGAACAUGGAUCACCCACUUCACAACACCUUAAUGGACCAAAGGGCAAAUGGUGGUGGACAGAAAGAUUCAGAAGAUCUUUUGUACCAACAGCCAUUAGACUUUAUAACUCACAGAGGUUUGAGGUCUCUAAAGUUUUAGUAUAAAAAUGAUUAGUCUUGUUGUUUAUGGUCUGGUUUGCUUUUUUAUGCCAUAAAUAGGCAUCAAAUUUAAUUUCAGUCUGUUUUGUAAAGUUUAAAAAAUUAAGCAUAGACUGCUUUGUCCACAGGGGGCGCCAAAAUUGAUCCAAACUAAAAGUUCCUCAACACACAAAGUAUGAUCAAAUGAUUACAGUUCAAUUGUUUUUUGUUGUGUUUGUGUGAACAGGGUCGUCGCUGUGUGCUGAAAGACUGCUGCAAGAUAUUAGACAACACUGUGCUCCCCCCUGAGACCGUGGUACCUCCUUUCACUGUCUUCUCUGGAUGCCCAGGUCCCCUAAACACACAAACACAAGCUUCUAAACAUCUGACUUUUUGUUUACAAACCUUUACCUAAAAUUCUCUCAAUCUCUUAGGUCUAUUCUCAGGGGAGCUCCCAGAGUGCACACAGGACCUGAUGAUUGACGUAACCAAAAGCUACUAUCAGAAGUUCCUUCCCCUCAGUCAGAUUUGAGUUCAGCCGAAUCCACACCCUUUCCAGCAAGCUUCAGGUCCACUUGUUUGCCCAGGUCCACAUCCUGGACUUUGGACUUUGAGAGGCCACCUUCUGUCCUAAAGUUCAUAGAUUGUAUAGAGUUGCACCGCUCUAUGUUUACACAGCAUGUUCAUGUGUUACAUCCCAGUCAAUUUACAAUUCCUGCAAGAGGCACACAUGCAUUUUUGUUCACCUUCUCCUUUUUCCUGGUCAAAGUGCUGUGGGAAAACUCAUGGAGCUUGUUGUGACAACUGAUUAUCACUAUUCUCAAUCUGUGUAGGUAAAAUCCAGAGGACAGAGAAGCUAUGACGACCCAGACCUGCUAAUUUAGAUGUGACACCUAUGGACCAAAACUAAAGAGGACAUACCUGUGAUGUUUGAGAAUGUUGAAUCAGCAGUGGGGCAGAAAACUCAUAUGAACCUCUCUGUUGUUUGACUGCUCGUCAUUUUUAUUUAGAUGUAUUAUUAUCAUUAUUAUUUUGCAUCUCAUUUACUAGUUUCUGCAACACACCAUAAAAAACAUAUUUAACAAAGUGUUGAAUUUAACAUGCAUACUUCUUAUUGCAAUGUUGAAAUGAAAACUGUAAAUCUGUGUAGACAGCCCAUGUAAAGCCUGAAUCAGCACAGUAAUUAAAUAAAUAGGAAAGUAAAUCUGUCUCAUAGGUGUUGGACUGUUUUAUUCUUU